ACGGACAUCCACCGUCACCACCACAACAACAACCACCACCGGCGAACUGUGUUAGCAGUCAAGAUGGCGUCCGAGGGUCAGCUCGACUAUGAGUCGAUUCUGUGUGUCAAACCCGAAGUGAACGUUUACCGCAUCCCUCCGAGAGCAUCUAACCGGGCUGUCAGGGCUGCUGAUUGGAAGCUGGAUGCUCCUGACUGGACGGGACGCAUGCGUGUGACGGCUCGAGGCAAAGUAGCCUAUGUGAAAUUGGAGGACAAAGUGUCCGGGGAGCUGUUUGCACAAGCACCAGUGGAGGAAUACCCUGGCAUUGCAGUGGAAACAGUCAGUGACUCAAGCCGUUACUUUGUGCUUCGGAUCCAAGAUGACAACGGCCGCAGCGCGUUCAUAGGCAUCGGGUUUGGAGACCGAGGCGAUGCAUUCGAUUUCAAUGUGGCUCUUCAGGACCAUUUCAAGUGGGUAAAACAAGAGAACGAGUUUAAAAAACAGGCUCAGGCUCCAGACUCUACUCCUAAACUCGAUCUGGGCUUCAAAGAGGGACAAACCAUCACUCUAAACAUUGGGCAAUCGAAGAAAAAGGACAGGUCUCGUCCGCAGAGUUCAGGAGGCCUCGGUUUCCUUCCGCCUCCACCUGGAGGCAAGCUUGCACCUCCACCUUCAUCCAGAGCUACCAAUCUUAACACACAGCCAACAGCAGGGGGAGCUGACACCGGUUGCUUGCUAGAUCUUGACUCCAGCAAUUCCAACUCAGUGGCUCCAUCCAACCCGACAUCCACAGCCAACAAUGACCUGUGGGGAGACUUUGACUCUGUGGCCCAAAAGUGAGGAGAUAUGUGAUCUGUUUUUUUUUUCUUUUUUUUUACAAUACAAUUAUGCAGCGUUUUUGCAAAUUAAUUUCCCCCAGUCUGGGGUCCCGUAUCUCUCCCUGCCGAGCAGGGUAACCCUCUCUUGUUUGCUUUGGUCCUGGAUUUCUGGCUGCAGUCUUAACCGGGUCGUUUCUAGCGGUUCCUUGUUCCCGUGUCGAUAUAUUCCCACUUUUCCUCCUCUUACUUCCAAUAGUUUCUUUACAUAUUGACAGAGUAAACAUAAUAGGCAUAUCAACAACUAAUUAACUGAAUUAACCUUCUGUACAGAGACAUUUUGCUUUAAAUGUUAUAGUGUCAGUAGUUAUUGGUGGUUUUGCCUUUAAUGUACUCUAGCUGUGUUUUCUUUCCAGGUCUCCUGCUGUGAGACUGAAUAUAUGCACUGACAGACAGCUGACUCGCUGUGUAGGUAUUAAUUCAUGAAGUGUGCGUCCGACGCAGCGAUCUUCUAAUGUCGGAUUGAGAUUAUUGUGAAGUUGACCGCAGAAUGAGUUCAUUUGAGAGAACUCUGUCAGCCCGGUGCUGAUUUACGAAGUGGUCGGUCUCUUUGGCGCUUUCUGUUCCGCUCUUGCGGCCGCGCAGCUGUUUAGCACUUACUCCAGUGGGGAUGUGUUGUUUUAACUAUAAAUCAGGACACAUGGAAGUGCUGGAUGGGAGAGGGUGUUAGGGGAAGGAAAAGAGGCAAAUACUUUUAUCUUCGCCUCAAGGGGAAAGAGAGAUUAUUUUUUAAUGUUAUGUCAUUUCCUCUCAGCACAGCUGUCUAAGCUGUGAAUUGUGAGUCGUUUGGGUCGUGACCUCUCUGAAGCUCAGUGAACAGGUCUGAUUCUGCUCUGUUCAUUCAGUCAGAGGAAGGAUUUAUCUACAAUGUGUUAAUUCUGUUUGAAAAUAUGAAGGUACUUUUGGCAUGCUGCAGACAAACAGAACAAGGAACCAAGCUAAUACGUGUCCUUUAGUGUGUUUGGUUGUGAAAUUAUGUAUCAAGAGCUGGACUAUGUGUCACCGAUAUCAUGUGUUGUGUCUGAUGUGCACUGACAAGUGGCGUGGUGAUGGGUGUUGACCGGAGCACACUAUAAAUGUUUAUUGUCUUAAAUUAUAUGUAUUUAUCCUAAAUGUUACCUGUUGUUUAAGCUGUAAAGUGUAUAAAAAUAUGCAAAUGAGAAUAAUGAAAAUGGAAACAUAAAAUAUAAGCAACCAUGCCAUUCUUUUCUUAAAUGAACAAAAUAAACCUAUAAAUGAAAUACUCAGAAUCAA